GCCCACUACAGCCAUGGAGACGUGAACUGGCUGCAUUUUUAGUUUCCAUUGCUGAGAGGAAAUCAUCCGUCUUGCAGGAAACACUCACAUUACGUGCAGGAGGGUUGUUGAAGAAUUGAAGAGACAGCUUUCUGCUUGUGUGAGGAGAUUGAAAGGUUCAGAAAAAGCGCUUUAAUGUGAGCAUGUGAUGCGUUUAUCUGAGUGUGCGCUUCCACAGGAAAAGACCCAGCUCCAUGCAGACUCAGGAAACAAGUCGACUGCAUGCAUGAAUCCGUCUGCAUCGCUCGGGAUUUGAUUAGCAAUUAAAGAAAACCAAUAAAACAAGGUAGAAGUUGCACCUGCUUCCUGUUAAUGUGACUGGGGGAUGCAUCCAGAGCGAAGUUACCCAUGAUCCCGGGCUGCGACCGUCUCCUCCUGGGCUGGAGAGGAGCCAGCAGGUCGCCCCACGUCCGCCGGCUGUUUGUUGGACUUAUAUCAGGGGAUCGUUCCUAAUUUUUACUAACAGACUGCAAGUAUCACCUUCCAGGGAGAAAAAAUGGACACGAUGUGCGGACAGAAUGUGGAGCCCAUCGCCAUCACGAAAAGGUCCCAAACGGAACCCAGGCUGGGAUGACGAUGGAACAGGAGAUUUGCGGCUUUAAGGUUACUGAGGUGCUAGAUGUCCCGCCUCCCUCCAGGUGAGACAGAGGCACACACACACUCUGUGCUCAUCCUGCGCCCAGAGACAUGGAUAAACUCACGGUGAUCUCAGGAUGCCUCUUCCUCACUGCAGACAUCUUUGCCAUCGCCAGCAUCGUCAACCCGGACUGGAUCAGCACCGGAGACUCAGCUGGCUCUCUGACUGUUGGAUUGGUCCGACAGUGCCAGACCAUCCACGGCAGAGACCGGAUCUGCAUCCCCCCGCAGCUGCCCCCCGAGUGGAUCACCACCCUCUUCUUCAUCAUCCUGGGCAUCAUCUCCCUCACUGUCACCUGUGGCCUGCUGCUGAUGUCGCGCUGGCGCCGCGAGGCUGCCCGAUACGCCCGAUGGAUCGCAUUCACAGGGAUGGUCCUGUUUUGUAUGGCUGCAUUGAUUUUCCCAAUUGGCUUCUACAUCAACGAGGUCGGAGGACAGCCGUAUAAACUUCCUAACAACACAGUGGUGGGCUCCUCAUAUGUACUCUUCGUUCUUUCCAUAUUCUUCACGAUAGUGGGACUACUGUUUGCUGGAAAGGUGUGCUUGCCUGGCUGACACAUCCCUCCUCUUUCUGCAUCUUAGAAACAUCAUCGGAGGCUAAUGUUUUUUUUUUUGUUUUUUUUUUUAAACGAAAGGACGUUUCUGUGGAAAACUCAAGAAAUCACAAAGUGAAGCAUCUGUGUUCGUGUUGUGCCUCUCUCCAUCUGGAUCAGGUUGCUUCAGUUUUAGCUGAAGCAACAUUUUUUUGUCUGAUGUGCAGAGACUGAGCUGGUGCAAAGAGCUCUGCAACGUCCUUCAGUUUUGUCCAUCCUGAUGGACAAGUAUGAAGUGGUGAACAGACGGGAGAAUAUUGAAAACCAUGAUAGAAAUGGAUUAAAACACCGGGAUUUCAAGAGAGGCCUACGGUAUUAUCCAUCACCUUAAAAUGUAAUGACAGAUAACAGAUAAGCCUGUCUUCUUUAAUCCCGUCUGAGAGGCCUGUUACUGAGAUAAGACUGAUGUCAGGCUUCUGCCUGCACCAAAUAUUGGCCAGUAUUCUCCAAUAUGAUGGAGAUUCUUCCCUGAAACAUCAACAUGGACACUGUAAUAUAUCACAUGAAGUUUCACCUUUUUGACACAUUCUAUUUAUUUGUUUAAAUGUUCAGUUUUUGUUCUUUUGUAAAGGUAUUUUUUAUUAAAGGGCCUUUUAGUAAUCGCAGAGUUUCCCUGCUAUUGAAAUGUGUGGUCAAUCACUUUGCCUUAAACAGCUCAUGACCUUAAAAUAACUCUACAUCAUUGAGUUUCAUGGAAUCAAACUUGACAUCCUGGAUGUUACUCUGGUAUGUUAUGGAUAAAUGACAUUGCAAAAAAAAAAAUUGUAUGGUGUUGGUUUAGCAAGCUUGUCAAUCAAACUGUUCUUCUGACAGUGAGUCAAUUCAAACUGGGGUCGCAUCCGUUCAGACUCAGAGGGGUGUACUAAGAAGAGGGAGUGUUGGGUAGACAUUAGACAAGGUAUUAUAGGUCUUAUAGGUAUUUUUAUUUCACAAAAGGGGGCUUUAACUUAUCCUGAUGACUAAUUAGCCACAGUAACUCCUCUAAUAAUAACUUUAUUUAAUACUUUUCACGUUGGGUUCAAAGAACAAAACCAGAAUGGAAACACUAAAAAAUUCAGAUUAAAAUAUCACUUCAUGAAAAAAGUAGCAAUAAAAAACAACCAAAUCAGUUUGAUAAGAAACAUUAUUAUUAAACGUGUUGAACCACAAUGUUACUUAAUAAUACCACAAGAUGAAAUGAUGACGCAGAUACAGUACAGUGGCACAGACUGUGCAUCAUGUUGCAGAUUUUUGCAACAAGAACCAACCUUCAUUCAGUUAGUGAUGUAAAAUCUGAACCCCCCCCCCGAAUUCUCCUCAUUGUUUCCUGUUUGCAGGCAAUACAAACACUUAAAAUUUCACUAAGCAGAUCAUCCAUGCUCUGAAUAAUAAUGAUAUGUCUGAAUUCUGUGUCCUAAUUACAGUCUGUUUUACAUCACUGGUAUUACUGAUCGAAAGCAGUCUGUAGGUGAUUGUAAAAAGUCUUACUUAAUGAAGUUCUAUUUGGUUUGGCUGGUUUGAUGUAGGCCUAUUCUUCUUUAUGGGGCGGUGUUUGAUAACUGACUUCCUUGGCUUCACUGUUGAAGUCAUCUUAAUGUGCAGCCUCUGCAAAGGAAGGCCAUUAAAGACACUAAAUCAAGUGAUCAUUUCAACAAUCCAAUGAAUUAAUUCAUGCAUCGCCCUGCCUUUCUUUUUUGCAGCAAAGUGGUUGCUAAUAUAUUUCAGUAUACGCUGUCAUUGGUGUUGAUUCUAACAACAAUACAGGAGAGCCUUGGUUAAAAUAUCAGAUGAUAAAUACUGUACUUAUCUUAUUUGUUAACAUACCUUUGUGACACCUUCUGACGAAGACAGCUCAAGUAUGUCUAACUGACUUCCUGAUCCCCCCCCCCCCCUUUAGACCCUCUGUUACAGCUUUGUUAUUAUCAGUGAUGUAGUGAAUGUAUUGUUCACCUUCUGAAAGUUUUUUCUGUACUAAACACUGUAUCAUGAAAUGACUGAAACUAGUUUGUUUUAUACAUUUUGGGAGCUGAUGCUGACUUUGUUUCUGUGUACAUGAAGUGACCGCAAGCCUUUGUCUUUUUCUAAUAGCACUGUAAUGUUGUUGAAUGAGCAUGGAUGAUCUCAUGUCAUUAAAAAUAACUUUUUAGAAGGUUGA